AUGGGCUCGCAAGGGCCAACACCGCCGCGGUUUCGUAAGAUCCAGAGCUUCAACACAGACUACGCGCCAGCCACCAUCACGCAGUAUGAGUCCGAAAGGAGUGGCAUGCAGGUCAUCGUGACCGAUCGCAAGGGGCCCAAGGUAAACGGUUACUUCACCUUGGCAACCGAGAUCUUUGAUGAUUCUGGGGCACCUCACACGCUCGAGCACUUGGUUUUCAUGGGAUCCAAGAGCUACCAGUACAAGGGCCUGCUUGACAAGUUGGCAUCGAGGGCAUACGGAUCGACGAAUGCUUGGACCGCUACCGAUCACACAGCAUAUACUCUCGAGACGGCCGGAUGGGAAGGAUUCGCGCAAACCCUGCCGAUAUAUCUGGAGCAUCUUGUUGCACCGACAAUUACGGACGCAGCAUGCCUCACUGAGGUCCACCACAUUGACGGCGAAGGCAAUGACGCAGGUGUGGUCUACUCUGAGAUGCAGGGAGUACAGUACACCAGUACCGAGCUCAUGGAUAUCAAGGCUCGAAGAUUACUAUACCCAGAAAAUGUCGGCUUUCGGUAUGAGACUGGUGGGAUGAUGGAUGCCCUUCGGGUCCUCACCCCCAAGAGGAUUAGAGACUUCCACAAGGAAAUGUAUCAACCGCGCAACAUGUGCAUCAUCAUUAUCGGCGAGGUCGACCACCAAAACCUUCUGGAGAUUCUAGACGAAUUCGAAGAGAGUGUCAAGGCUGAUAUUCCCCCCCUUGAUGCCCCUUUCAAACGGCCUUGGAUCGACUCGGCACAGCCUCCUGCGCUGAACGAAACGGUGAUAGAGACGGUUGAGUUUCCAGAAGAGGACGAGUCGACAGGUGACAUGGUAGUUGCUUUCUUCGGACCAAACUGCAGAGACGUUGUCGCGACGACAGCAUUAAGCGUCCUCCUAACCUAUCUCUGUGGAUCUUCGGUGGCCGUUCUAGAGAAUAUCAUGGUGGAGAAGGAAGAACUCGCAAGCUCCGUUGGGAACUGGUGGGAUGCUCGGCCUAACACUGUCAUAUGGUUCCAGCCUACAGGCGUUGCCACAGAUAAACUCGCUUUUGUCGAACAGCGCCUCAUCUCCCUUCUCAAGGAGGUCGCCUCGAAGCCUCUUGAUAUGACGUACCUGAAAGAGUGUAUUCAACGCGAGAGACGGCAAGUGAAGUCGCAGGCCGAGGCAUCUGAAUCUUUCUAUUCAACCAACAUUAUCACAGAUUACCUCUUUGGAGCACGAGAUGGAUCCACUUUGAAGGAUCUCGAGACCCUCAGUGAGUACGACGACCUAGAGAAGUGGACUGAAGAGCAGUGGAGAGACUUCCUGAAGAAGUGGAUAUCAGAUGCUCAUCACGUUUCCGUCCUGGGCAAGCCUUCUCUGAAGCUGGCAACAAAACUGAAGGAAGACGAAACCAAGAGAAUAGAGAAGCGAAAGCAAGAGCUUGGUCCAGAUGGCAUCGAGAAACGUCGCAAGCUACUCGAUGAAGCGAAAAGCCAAAACGAUGUGGAGAUUCCCACAUCUGUUCUCGAGAGAUGGCCUGUCCCUCCUACGGACUCGAUUCACUUCAUCGAGUCUCAAACCGCACGGUCUGGCCUUGCUCGAAAGCUCGGGCUGGAGGAUAAUCCUGCGCAGAAAGCCAUUGAUGCCGCCCAACCAGGCAACCCGCUGUUUGUACAGUUCGAGAGUGUGCCGACUAACUUUGCGCACAUUACCGUACACAUCGGCACAGCGACACUUCCUGAGAAAUACAAGCCCCUCAUGCCGAUUUUCACAGAUAACUUCUUUAACACGCCCAUCACCCGCGAUGGUAAACGUGUUGACUUUGAGCAAGUCGUCAUGGAGCUCGAAAGGGAUACCAUCAGCUACGGCAUGGAGUCUGGCAGUCGUGUUGGCGACACGGAGAGCACGCUGAUCAGAAUGCAAGUCGAGCCCGACAAAUACGCAACAGCGGUUGAGUGGAUCCGCACCAUGAUGUUUGACAGCGUCUUUGAUGUAACUCGCCUCAAGGCGGCAAUCGUCAAGCAACUUGCCGACAUCCCCGAAGCGAAGCGGGAGGGCAGAACGAUGGCUAAUGAAAUCGAGAUGGCAAUCCACAACAAACACUCGUCACUACUGGCUGCCAAGCGGACGUUAGUCAAGGCCGUAUACCUGCGUCGGCUCAAGAAGCUGCUGGAAAAGGAGCCUGACACCGUGAUUUCCUGGUUCGAGGAACUGCGCAAGUUACUGUUUACUUUCUCAAAUAUCCGUACGUUGGUCACAGCCGACAUUGGGAACUCAAAGUUACCCGAUCCUGUCAAGACCUGGGAUAUUCUUGCCCAAUCUCUCGAUAAAGCCGAUUCGAUCAACCCCAUCCUGAAGCCUUACACCCUUCUCAACGAGGAAGGUAACAACCCUGGGUCGAUCGGCGCCAUCCUGGUCCCCAUGACCACCAUCGACUCGUCAUAUUCUGUCAGUACGGCCAAGGGACUGACUUCAUUCAACGAUCCCGAUGUGCCCGCCCUCAUGGUCGCUGCUGCCUAUUUGGAAACCGUCGAGGGCCCACUAUGGAACGCGGUCCGUGGCAAUGGACUCGCGUAUGGCGUUUAUUUUGCCAAGGAAGUCGAUGGUGGCUAUGUGCAUUUCAAGGUAUAUCGCUCGCCCCUAGCAUCCAAGGCCAUCUCUGCCGCCCGCGAUGCCAUAUCGUCCCUAGCCAACGGCACCAUCGCCUUGGAAAAGCCGAUGAUCGAAGGCGCCAUCAGCCAGUUGGUCAUGGCACUGGCUGACGAGCAAGCCACUAUGUCCGCGGCAGCAGUACAGAACUACGUCGUUGGUGCCGUGCGAGGACUGGACCGCGACUUUAAUGCCAGAAUUCUCGCCAAAGUGCGGAACGUUACGGAGCAAGAGAUCAGAGAAGCUAUGACCAAAUGGCUUCUGCCCGCGUUCAACCCCGGCACUAGCAACGUGGUUGUCUGCUGUGCGCCUAUCAUGGUCGAGAACCUCGAGAAGGAGCUCAAGGGUAUGGGCUACAAGACUCAAGUCAAGCAACUGGCUGACUUCCACGAUGCGUAUGGACUUGAGGCUCCUGAGGGCGAGGACGAAGAAGAGGAUGAGGAUGGCUCAGAGGGAUCUGAAUCAGACGGUUCGGAGGAGUCGGAUGAAGAGGAAUAG